CGGGGGAGGUACCUUGCGUAGGGUACCUCAGUGGUGCCUUGCUGGUCAGGGAUUCAAACCAGCAAUCUUUCAGUUACAAGUGUGCUUCCCUAACCAUUAACACACUACUACCUACAAUAGGAGGAGACAUGUGAAGUUGCAAAGGCUGCAGAGAUAUUCUGAGAAUGUAACAGGAGCUCCGAUAUUUAGGGUGAUGGCAGUUGAAGACCUUUUGGGAGCAAUGGUUGGGAAACUGUGAUCAUCAGAGAGGAAGUUAGCUUGACCUGAGGGAUCAACAAGUGCCAGAUCCAAUAGCUCAGAUUCAGUUACACUAAGAGGAAACAUCAUCACUUCCUGAGGUCAGUGAAACACUAGUUGUGAUGCUGAGGAUCUAUUAGACUGAACGCGAAGGCAGAAUGGAUGAGAUAAACAAAUCUUUCAGUGUCCCAUUCCAAGAGUAUUACAAUGACUCCUACUACGACGAAGAGAACUUCACGGCCAAUCUGAGCCAUGCCGUCUGUAAGGUCACGGGCAUCGCGCCGGAAGUGAACGUAUUCAUGUGCGUUUUCUACGUGCUGAUUUUCCUGCUAGCUAUCCCAGGGAACGCCCUCGUCGUGCUGGUCAUCGUCUCUGCCAGGCAGGCACUGACACCCUCUGAUAUGUACCUGUUUAACCUCUCGCUGGCCGACGGGCUCCUGGCGCUGACCCUGCCUCUGUGGGCGACGUCAAUGACGCGGGGUUGGGUCUUCGGUGACGUCAUGUGCAAGCUGACCAACAUGGCCCAAGAGCUCAGCUUCUAUUGCAGCAUCUUCUUUCUGGCUUGCAUCAGCGUGGACCGCUACCGCGUCAUUGUACACGCCAUGGAGGCGAGGAAGGAGCACUGGGUUAUGCUCAGCCGGCUCGUGUGUGCUGGCGUCUGGUCCGCCGGGGCCAUCCUGUCUAUCUCUUCGGCGGCCAACGCUGGCACCUUCGAGUCACCUGACACGAAGCUGCAGGUGUGUGCCGAAGGCUUCCAGCAGAUGGCGCGAUUGCUGCGGCACACGGUGGGGUUCCUGCUGCCACUGGCCAUCAUGCUGAGCUGUUACAGCGUGACGGUGGUGAGGCUCCUGCAGACUCGCAGCUUUCGGAAGCAGCGGGCCAUGCGUGUCAUCCUGGCGGUGGUGGCCGCCUUUCUGCUGUGCUGGGCCCCGCACCACGUGACGGUGAUGGUCGACACGCUGAUGCACAUUGGUCAGAUGCAGUUCAGUUGCAGCGCCCGGCAAUCCAUGGACACGGCGCUGUUCGUCACCCAGAGCAUGGCGCUGCUGCACAGCUGCAUCAACCCCGUGCUGUAUGCCUUUGUCGGGGAGAAGUUCCGGAGAAACCUGCAGCAGCUGUUCCACAGAUGGGGCACACUGGAGCGCACCUCCUCCCUCAGAUUUAGCAGGUCCACCUCCCAGACCUCAGAAGCUGCCGCCUUCAUGUAAGAGCCCUGGGACCACCCCACUGAACAAGCUGUGCCCGUCAACUCAUGGUACCACGUAGGCGGCCAUCUAGGGCGCCAUCUUCUGGGAUGGUGCUGGAAUAGCAAGACAUUUUCAUUUUGUCUCAGCCAGGGGGUACUGGAAACGAAGCUUGCCUGGGGUGACACAUGACCUUAGUCCGGUACUGUGUGUAAGUGUUCAUUUUAAGUAGCAACGUGUGUGGGUGCAUCAUUAAAAACCUUAUAUAUGCUAUUUUUAUUUGCUAAAAUUUGAGUGGAUAACUAAAAGAAAUCAUGUAUAUCAUGCCCGCAACUGGAUUAGAAGAUGAAACUUUAUAUAUGAAUAGGAUAUGUAUUUUGUUGAAGAAAAAAGAGAUUAUAUCAGGUUUGAACUUGAGAGAUUUCUAACCGAGAUAUGCUGAGCUGUCAAAUCACUCUAAACCAUCGGUUCUUAGCUCACUUCCCGGAAGCAGUGAUUUUUUCUCUGUAUUAGUCGUAUUUUGACUUUUCAAAAAUGUUUUAAAUGAUUUAUAUAUAUAAAAUACAUUUAUUUUUUUAAUUGUUUUUGAAUUUACAAAAUAAACAGUAGCAUCUACCUAAUUAUUUAUCUUAUCUUUAUCUUAUGUUAUUAUAGCAAACGAAGCAAUUCAUAUUAUAAUUUGCUUACAAAUUCCUUAGUCAUAAUAAAAUGAAAUGAUUCAUAUUAAGCUAAAUACCGGUUUAAAAUAUUCCUGUCGAUCACAUAAAUUUACAGGGGUAGUAAACAGGAACUUGACAAACCA